UAGACACGUGACUGUGUAAAUAUUGACGAGUAUUGUUUACAAUCAAGCGGAUUGAGUAUUUUACAAUACAGGAUAUAUAGGAAAAUGUUUUCACAUUUGAAGUUAUUACUUGGCUUCGAAACAGGCGAGCCUGAACAAAACAGACCUUAUCACCAAAUAAAUGAUGGGAACCCAGUAUUUGCAUAUCGGGAAUUCCAAGAAGACCCUGCCGAGGUGGUAAAAGAUCUUGAAGAUGAAUUGGAAUUCAAAAGGGAACAAUUAUCUAAAUUGGAAAAUACAGAAACAAGAGAUCUGAAAAGAAAAUUGGUGGACAUCCAGUUUAAACUUCAAGACAAAGACGUAAUGAAAAAUAAAGAAUUGUCUGUAAAGAAAAAAGGAACUACUCGUCCGCUCUUGUUAAAUAAAGAGAUUAUAAAGAGGGUUGGUCCGGCAGACCAGCUAUCAAAGUACAAUGUUAAUGCUCAAAUGAACGCACAGAAUGAACCCAAAGAACAGAAACAAAAUGUCCGAACUAGGAGCUACAGGGAUGUACUCCGCCGUGUCGAAAAAAAUAGCAGGAACGAUUCUGCCGAUGGCACUACAGACGAUGUUUAUGUCAAAGAUAUUCAUAAACCACAAAAGAUGAGUGUUACUCUUGAGAACAGUCACUAUAAAAGUGAAACUGAUCAUACUAGUUUGAAAAUGGAUGCUUUUAACGAAGAUCUACAAAAUCAGAAAGUGUGUACUAGUAGUAGCAUGUUAGAGGACAGUCAGUGCUUUGGUACGGAAACAGGUAUAUUUCCAGAAAACAGUCAUAGUCAGAACAUCUGUAAUAAAAUAUAAUAGGAUUGGAUGCAAGUUAAAACAACUUUAAGACAAGCCUCUCCAAAUAAGUACAAUUUACAAAAUUUCAAGAUGACAGCAAUAAUAUAAUUCCGUACGAUAUGAAAAAUAUAUAUAAUUAAUAUAUUAUGUCCAAACAGUAAAAUUUGGAUACAAGUACACUUUAAGAUAUAGCAAUAUUAAUCAAAGAAUCUUUU